AUGACCCCCUCAUUUGUUGACAAUUCCUCUACUGCUGAUAUCUCUUGGGGACCUCCUUCAAAUUUCACAAAACCCGAGGCCGUCGUUAUCUGGCACGGGUUGGGAGACAAUUUCAAUUCGCUGGGAAUGGUCCACGUGAAGAAUAUCAUUCAACAGCUAAUGCCCGAAAUCUACAUCCACUCAGUAGCAGUGGAUGAGAAUCCUUCUCUUGACGAGCGACGCUCAAUGAUGGGCAAUGCAAACGACGAGGUUGAUUUGGUUUGUGAAAAGUUGAGUAACGUACCUCAACUACAACGAGGCUUCGGCGCGAUCGGUUUCUCACAAGGGGGACUCUUUUUACGAGCAUUGAUCGAAAGAUGUCCGAACAUCUCAGUGCUGACUCUUGUUACGUUUGGCUCUCCGCACAUGGGUGUCUCAGAGCUUCCCUUGUGUGCUGAUGAGAACGACUGGUUGUGCAAGAAAAAAAAUGAGAUUCUAAAGAGGCAAGUCUGGAACGUUGCUAUCCAAAAGUCAAUUAUCCCCGCCCAGUAUUUCAGAAACUUGGCUGAAUACGACAAAUACUUGGAGAACCUGCGCUUUUUGGCUGAUAUCAAUAAUGAACGCGACGAAACGUUCGAUACUCUAGCUAAGGAGAGGUUUGGCAAGCUCGAAAAACUAGUUUUGGUCAAGUUCUCGAAAGACACUACUUUGGUUCCGAAGGAAAGUGCAUGGUUUCAGGAGGUGGAUCCAAAGGAAGGAUACAUUGUUGAUAUGCGCCAAACGAGACUUUACAAAGAAGACUUGACUGGAUUCAGACGGUUGCACAAAGAGGACAGGGUUGACUUUUACACUAUCGAGGAGGACCACAUGAGGUUUUCUGACUCUUUCCUAGUGGAUAUCGUCAGCAAGUACUUCAUGAAUGGGUUGUAG